GUCUAAUCACAAGAACCAGAAGGCAGAAACCACUGCUCAGAGAAGCUUCAAAACCCAAGCCAGUCGUCUACCGGUUUUCCCAACCAACCAGUUUCAAAUUGUUCAUCAAACCACCAUAGCCAUGGCUGUAAUACCCAAGCAAGACGCGCCAUCACCUGCCGUUGUAGAAACGGUUCAAGAAAUCACGAGAAUCUACGGAUCACUGACACCAAGGCCAUCCAUUGAAGAGCUUGAAGCAGCUAUGUCUGUGCUCAAAACUGUGAAUACCGAGGAGCAGAUGAAGCUCGAGGAAAUCUCAAAGCAAGAGGCUCUCCGAGAUGUCCCCGAGGAGCUCUUCUCUGUGCUGCAGCAAGUGAGGAGGACCAUGGUCUUGUUCCAGAGCUAUCAACAGAGGUGGGAGGCUCUCCAUCUGGUUGAGCUUGACAAGAUGUUUCAGAACUUUGAUGAUCUCAUUCAGAGAGCUUCUGGGUUGGUUUCUGGGGAUACCCAGAAUCAGGAACAUGUUGUUUUGAGUCACCCAUUUGAGAAAUUUGGGAAAGAAAGUAUAACCAGCGAUGAGAUUUUGGUGAAGAAAAACGAAGGCGUGGAAUCAGAGGAAAACAAUUUGAAAAGCUUGGCAAGGAGUUCUUCCGCGAAGGCUACUACUUUCUCUUCAGGUGGUGCUGAGUUUGAGAAAUUAAGUAUAAUGAAGGUAGCAGCUCUUAUUGAAAAAUCUGCUAAAGUUGGAGCAGUAGUUGUUGAUCUUAAAGGGAAGUUGAUGGAUCAGAUGGAGUGGCUUCCUUUAUCAAUUGGGAAGUUAUCAGAUGUCACUGAAAUGGACCUAUCUGAGAACAGUAUCAUGGCUCUUCCAGCCACCAUUGGUGGCCUCAGGGCCUUAACAAAGCUUGAUAUUCACUCAAACCAACUCAUCAACCUUCCUGAGUCAUUUGGGGAACUAAUCAAUCUCACUGAUCUCGACCUCCAUGCGAACAGGUUAAGAUCACUGCCGGCUUCUUUUGCGAACUUGAUAAACCUCAUUAAUCUUGAUUUGAGCUCAAAUAACUUCACUCAUUUACCAGAGACAAUUGGAAAUCUGAUUUGCUUGAAGAGAUUGGAUGUAGAAACAAAUGAGCUUGAGGACUUACCUUACACAAUUGGAUCUUGCUCGUCGCUCGAGGAGCUGCGGUUAGAUUUCAAUCAGCUCAGGGCUCUUCCUGAGGCAAUUGGAAAUCUUGAAUGCUUGAAGAUCCUCACUCUGCACUAUAACAGAAUUAAAGGUUUGCCAACAACAAUGGGCAAUCUUACCAAUUUGAUGGAACUUGAUGUCAACUUCAAUGAACUUGAAUCAAUACCGGAGAACCUAUGUUUCGCAGUACGUCUCAAGAAAUUGAACGUGGGGAAGAACUUUGCAGAUCUAAGAGCCUUGCCAAGAUCUAUUGGAAAUCUUGAGCUGCUUGAAGAGUUGGACAUAAGUGACAAUCAAAUAAGAAUACUGCCGGAUUCUUUCAGGUUUUUGUCAAAAUUGAGAGUUUUUCGAGCUGAUGAGACUCCUUUGGAAGUGCCACCAAGACAAGUAACCAAAUUGGGUGCUCAGGCAGUUGUUCAGUACAUGGCUGAUCUUGUUGCUAAGGGGGAUGCAAAAUCUCCACCAUCAAAGAAGAAGGGAUUUUGGUUCUGGGUUUGCUCAAUCUUUCGCCCUCGUCAGAGUAAUUCCAUCCAAAGCAUGUCAUUGUCAAGAGCUUAAUUGUUUCAUUGAACUCAUGUCCAUAUUUGCAAUUUUUUUAACAAAUUGUUCUAUAUUUGUGGAUUAUUAUACAAAUCACUCAGUGAUAUCACAAAAUUUUCAAAACUU